CAGCUAUGCUUGCAGCUUUGUCAGUCUGUGUCAUGGAGAAACAGCAGAUGGAUUCAGCACAUGAUCUGUGGCUGAAAAGAAAACAGAUUUGCUGCUCUUCUGCUCUACCAGGCACAUCACCAGGGCAACAUGGCAUUCUCAGGCAAAUAUGAAUUCGAAAGCGAUGAGAACUAUGAUGACUUUGUGAAGAAGAUUGGUCUCCCUAGUGACAAGGUUGAAAUGGGAAGGAAUUGCAAAAUAGUCACUGAGGUGGUGCAGAAUGGAAACAACUUCACCUGGACGCAGCAUUUCCCAGGAGGCCGCACCAUGACCAACUCAUUCACAAUUGACAAGGAAGCCGACAUGGAGACAAUGGGUGGUAAGAAGUUCAAGGCAACUGUUAAAAUGGAAGAUGGAAAAAUAGUAGCUGAUUUUCCCAACUAUCAUCAUACUGCAGAGAUUUGUGGAGGAAAGCUAGUAGAGAUUUCUGUUUGUGCUGGUGUAGUCUACAAAAGGACCAGCAAAAGGAUUGCUUAAGGCAGUAAAG